AUGGAUAUGAUGAUAGAUGUGAGGAUAUUUCAAGUGUCAAUCGAAGAAAUGGUGUGUAGGUUUGAUCGAAGUUGUCAAGUUGAGAUGGAGAAUGGGAUGAAGGGUAAGAAGGCUAGCUGA